AUGCCACCUAAAUAAUAGAGAGUUGCUCUUAAAAGGCCAUAGAUUGUAAUUAUUUUGAGUUUGUACAGUAGAAAAAAUAAGCCAAAUAAGUGAAUCAAAAUUUAAAUCAAUAAGACCCAGAACCAGAUGGAGAUGAAUCAGAGUACUAAAAUGAAGUUUUGAAAUAUAUUAAUAUUAUUAGAGAGAGAAAGAGAGACCUUAAUUAACUGAGAAAGAACUUAAUGAAGAUAUGCCAUCUAAAAUGCUUAUACCCAAUAAUCCUUAAGCACCAAAAAAUAUUACUUAAUAUGAUUAUUUAUAAAGAAAGGUAACUACCCAACUUAUGGAUAGUAUAAAACUGAUGAAUUGGUGGAAUAAAUGAUUAUUCAUUUCAGAAUGGAUGGAGAAAUUAUUCACAAAGACUCUAAUGAGGCUAGAAUCCAGGAGGAAUUAUGGGAUACAAAAUCAGCAUUGAUUAAGGAAGCUUAAAGAAAUUAAGAAAUGGAAGAUCCUGGAGCAUCUAAAGAUAUAGAUGCAAUCAAAUAGACAAUGAGAAAUAAGUUUAAUUAUAAUGCCAGAGAAGCUUAGACUGAUGGAAGAGUAAUUAGAGAAAGAGGUGUUUCAACUGAGCCUCCUCCAAGUGAUACAUUAAAAGGAUAAAUUACAUAAUGGGAGAUAUUUGAUGCUUACAUUUAGAAUAAGGCUAAAGAGGAGAAUUAAAAGAAAAAGGAUCAUACUUCAGACAAUACAGUUUAUAAACCAUCAUUUAAAAGAUGCUUAAAAAUAAUGGAAAGAACUGUUGUUCAUAAUGAUUAGAAAGAGAAAUACAAUGAUUAUAAAUACUAUUGGAAUUAAGGGGAAGUAGUUGAAACAUCAAAAAAUGAAGGGUAAUUAUUAAUUAAAAUAAAAUAAGACAUUUAUUACCAAUUUGGAAGUUUUCAAAUGAGAAAUAGAAGAAAAAACAUGUAACGUCUUUGUGUUGGAAUCCUAGAUAUAUGGAUUUAUUUGCUGUUAGUUUUGGUAGCUAUGAAUUUUCAAAAUAAAGAAUGGGUCUUAUAUGUUUAUAUUCUCUUAAAAAUACAACUCAUCCAGAAUAUGCAUUUACAUGUGAAGCUGGAGUUAUGUGUUUAGAUUUUCAUCCUUAAAGUCCUGCAUUAUUGGCUGUGGGUUUAUAUGAUGGAACAGUUUUAGUUUAUGAUAUUAGAAAUAAACAUAAGAAACCUAUAUAUUAAUCAACAGUAAGAACAUAAAAACAUACAGAUCCAGUAUGGUAAGUAAAGUGGAAUCCAGAUAUUUCAAAGAAUUAUAAUUUCUAUUCAAUUUCAUCUGAUGGUAGAGUAAUGAAUUGGGUUUUAAUGAAAAAUAAAUUAGAACCAGAAGAAGUGAUUAGAUUAAGAUUAGUAGGUAAAAAUGAAGAAGAAAGUACAUUAAUUGGUUUAGCUUGUGGUUUAUGUUUUGAUUUUAAUAAAUUUGAACCUCACAUAUUUUUGGUUGGUACAGAAGAAGGAAAAAUACAUAAAUGUUCUAGAGCAUAUUCUGGAUAAUAUUAGGAAACUUAUAUUGUAAAUUAAUAUGAUUAUAUAAAUAGGGUCAUAAUUUGGCAGUUUAUAAAGUUAAAUGGAAUAAUUUUCAUUCUAGAACUUUCAUAUCAGCAUCAGCAGAUUGGACAGUGAAAAUAUGGGAUUCUAAAAUAUCAUCUUAAAUUAUGAGUUUUGAAUAAGGAAUGUAAGUUGUUGAUGCAAUGUGGGCUCCAUAUAGUUCAACAGGUAUUUAUAAAAGAAAUAAAUACAAUAGUUUUUGCAUGUGCUACUUAAGAUAAAAUAUUUGUUUAUGAUUUGAAUGUUGAUAAAAUUGGAAAACUUGCAGAAUAAAAACCAUCAAAAUAACCUAGAUUAACUAAUAUUGCAUUCAAUUAAAGAGAUCCAAUUAUUUUAGUAGGUGAUACACAUGGUGGUAUAACAUUACUUAAAUUAAGUCCAAAUCUUACAAAAUGUAUAUAAUAUAAAUUUAUGUUUUUAGCUGGUGUCAAAGCAUCCAAUUUUCCUGAUGGAAAAAUUCCCAAAGAUUUAGAAAAUAUGUCAAUGGAGGAAUAUGAAAAAUAAAAGAUGGAAAAUCUAUUAUAAGUAGUUUCAAAAUGGGAAAGAGAGGAUUCUUGAGAAACAAAUUUUAUACACAA